AUGCAGCCUCAAGCCCAGACCCAAGACGAUACCAGCCACAAAAAUAAGAGAGUUCGUCUUGGCUCGCAGCCAAAUGUCACAGACAAGGACCCAUUCUCGGGCGCUCAGCCAACCCGAAGACGCGUUGCCGUGGCGUCACAGCCAAUAAGACAUGGUGAAGCUGACUCCGUGGUAAACUUGACUGCUACACCGCGGUCCAUUCCUCCCGAACGGCAUUUCGAAAGGUUCUCUGAAGGUCUCGACAGUAUCUUGACAUGGACCGUGUUCCCACAGGAAAUAGAGCCUAUCCAUGUCGACAAUGGGAGCUUGAUGGCUAUGCCUGACGACUUUCCCCCGAUAAGUUUCACAGAGCUGAAGAGGUUGCAGAAAAGCUAUCUCAGUACUGUACACAGCGUCAAUCCCAUUCUAGACGUCGCCGUUCUCGACCAGUAUAUUACAAAACUUUCUGAAAAUGGCUUGGACUGGACGACGCAGACAUGUCUUGUUGCCCUUGUAAGACAUGCAAACACGAUCAACGAUGAUGUCGAUGCUCACACAGCUUAUAGGGAUUCCACUAUACCUGCUGGACCACCGAAUCCUCCUUCCAGUCCACAAGCAAUCAAGCAAAGCAUCUUCUAUACCGCUUACAAAUCAGAAGUCGAGAUUCGCUACGAGGUACCCAGCCUGCCUGGUUCGAUGCUAGAACACAUCGAGGAUCGCCUCACGUUUCCAUCCCCGCCAGCAGCGAAUUGCCUAUUUGACGAGACGAUAGCUUGGUACUACUUCCUCGCAGACAUCGCCGCCCGGCAUUUGAUCAACCGCAUCAUCGAUGCCAAGGUCGAGAUAUCCGCGUGUCCAAAGGAAGCGCAAGCCAGGUCUUUGCUCCGAUCGUACGAGGUUUUUGGCUCACAGCUGCAAGACUGGUAUAUGUCCCUACCGCCGGAGAUCUCGUUUCCGCCGCCGGAUGCAAGUAUCUCACCUGAGACGAAUAUCUACAAAAGAAUCCUCCGUUCGCGGUAUCUCUUUAUCAAAGAACUUCUGUGUCGACCAUUCGUGCGGCUGUGUCUUAACUACGACCUUGAACUCUCCAGCGCUCUGGAAGAUGAGAUAGUCAGUAUAGCUUCCCAGGGUCUUCAGUAUUGCGCUUGGAGACUCAAGGCUGUGGAUCGGAUGAACAAGCUCGAUCAUGGAUUGUGGAUAUGGAUUCGGAAUAGUACAGGUUGUUCCAUGAUACUCAUUGGUGCCGCUCGGAGCCUCCAGUUUCAGUCUACCGCUGUAUCUCGGCGACUGGUUCUUCCUCAAGACUGGCGAGAGAUUGUUGUUUCCUUUUUACACGGGCUUGAGAAGUAUGCCCACGAAACGAGAGGGGGCGUAGCUUCAUGCUAUCGACUUGUGACAUGGGGUCUUGACGGGUUCCAGCCAGGCUCACCAGACACCAUCUGA